UCCAUCCGAACACAAGGGAGCGUUGUUUUCAAUCCAAGACAAGAAUAAUAAUGGCUGUCACAUUAUUAUGACACAUUCACUGCGGAAAUUGUCAAAUCAAUGUUAUAAGAAGCAUUUGAGCGAGUUUUUCCAGUUUUGUGGUUUGUUUUUUCAACUUAUUAUUGAUGUACACGCAGACAAUUAAGAUGCCGGUGCAGAAAGACUCGAAUGUCGUUAAAAUUGCUGUCAAAACAGCUGGGACGGGUCUCAAUCCACAGUUGAUUGGGUUUAAUCAGAAACAACCCUUGACCGGAAUAAUUCAGGAACUUUGUAAUGGCUGGGGCUUGUCAGAUCCAGAUACCUACUCUCUCCAAUUCUCCGAGAGUAAUAAUAAAAACUAUAUCACCGAAAAGAAUCGAAAUGAAGUUAAGAAUGGCAGCAUUUUAAAACUAGAACACUCGCCGUCGAAGACAGCUGGGGAUAUCCUUGCUAAAUUGAAUGACGGAACACCUGAAGAGAAGAUUUCUGCACUUGAGAAAUUGAGCUCUCUAGCUUUGGAUAUAACGUUUGCACAUGAGUUUAUCAACAAACAAGGCUUGGCGUUGAUUAUUUCUCAGGUAGAGUCUGGAAAAUAUAAAGCAACGGCUCUCGCAUAUUCUCUGCAGUCUUUCGUGGAGCUAAUGGACCAUGGAAUAGUCUCUUGGGACAUUCUCGAGCCUCCAUUUAUCAACAAAGUUGCCAGUUACGUUAAUAAUCAAGCAGUGACACAAGAUGCAGACGUUAUAGAAGCUUCUCUGAGCAUACUCGAGAAUAUCGUGUUGAACUCAUCAGGACAGUACGGAUUAGUCGAGAAAGAAGUCACCUUCCCCAAUCUGUCCAAUCAUCUCCAAAAUAUGAAGCCUGAGAUACAACAGAAUACAAUUGCCUUGAUUAAUGCACUGUUUCUGAAAGCAGAUGCACGAAAGCGAAAGCACGUGGCGGCAACUCUGCAGUCCAAACAAAUCAGAAAUGUUUUUCUCACCAAUGUUAUUCAGUCAACUGGUGAAGUCGGCACAGAAAUGGCUCAUCAACUUUACGUGCUACAAACUCUAAUGUUGGGUCUCCUUGAACAAAGGAUGAUGACGAAAAUGGACCCUCAGGAUCAAGAUGCUCAUGAUAAAAUAAAAGAACUCCGAAGAAUCGCCUUUGAUACAGAGGGAAAUACAACUAAUGACGUCACCUCUCGAAAGCAGGGACUUCCUGCCAAAGAUUACAAGAAAUUGGGUUUCAAAUAUGAUAUCAAUCCAGCUUUAGAUUUCACUGUCACUCCUCCUGGAAUGUUAGCAUUGGAUUGUAUGGUUUAUUUUGCAAGAAAUCAUACAGAGGCCUAUACAAAGGUAGUUCUGGAACAUUCCUGUCGUGCUGAUGAGCAUGAAUGCCCUUUUGGGAGAACCAGUGUGGAACUUGUGAAAUUACUUUGUGAGAUUCUGAAAAUUGGAGAAGCACCUAGUGAACAAGGUCAGUCCUACCACCCAAUGUUCUUCACCCAUGAUCAUCCCUUUGAGGAAUUUUAUUGUGCUUGCAUCGUUCUCCUGAACAAAACUUGGAAAGAGAUGCGAGCGACAACCGAGGACUUCGUGAAAGUGUUUUCAGUUGUUCGCGAGCAGAUCACUCGUGCUCUUCAAUCCAAGCCCACUGGUCUGGAUAAAUUCAAGACUAAACUCCAGAGUUUGACGUAUUCCACGAUCACUAGCUUGUGGCAGCAGGAAAGAACUAACAAGGAAGAGUGGGAGAGCCAUGCUAAACCUAUUGUUGAGUUGCGUGAGCAGAUAACUCCGGAGAUUUUGGAUCUUAUACAACAGCAGAGGCUUGGAUUUUUGGUCGAGGGGACGAGGUUCACUAAGUACAGUGCACGGGGUCAGCGAAUAAAAGACAAAUUCUGGUAUGUCCGCCUCUCCCCAAACCACAAGGUCUUUCACUACGGAGAUUGUGAUGAAAAAUCAGUGCCAACAAUUGACGAGCUCCCAAUGAAACUUGCAGUAGUGGAUAUCAGAGGAUUACUCAUCGGCAGAGACUGUCCCCACAUGAAGGAUCUUCAAAGACGAAAAACAACUCAUCAAUUGGCUUUUUCCCUCGCCCUAGAUUCCGUAGAAGUUGCCAAUCUUGAUUUCGUCGCUCCAGACGAACAAGUUUACGACUAUUGGACUGAUGGCAUCAAUGCACUUCUCGGGAAUAAAAUGACCAGUAAAGAAACUGAAAAAGAUCUUGAAACUCUGCUGACAAUGGACAUAAAACUCAGACUUUUAGAUGCUGAUGGGCUGGAAAUACCCCAAGACCCUCCCCCAAUCCCUGAACCCCCACCAAACUAUGAUUUCUGCUACGAGUUGAAAUAAUUUAGCAGUACAAUGGCGAUGAGGAUGAGCCAGUCUCUGUAUUUGAUAGCUAUUUCGAAAUCUCUGAGAACUAUUGAAAUUUUUGAAGUAUUUUUUCUUAUUCAACAUCCUUCGAUAAAAAAAAAAUUCUAAAAAUUUUAAAAGUUACCUCCGAUUUGGAAAUAUUUACCAAAUACAGAGGCUAAGCUUACACGUCUCAUUAUACCCUUUUACUACUGAAUAAGUCAUUACAUUUACAAUAUAACUUCCACUGCCUAGAAGGAGGAAAUUCGAAUCAGGUUAAAUUCAUAAUUAAUUCCUUUAUUGAUAUUUUUAAAUAUUUUAGAAUGAUUUUAUUCCAUACAUUAAAGGUUUUUUUUUAUCACACGAGACUUCACAAGUCCAGGUAAAGAUAUAAUCUUAGGAAUGAUGUCGUAUAGAUUGUACCAAAGAUUUUUAGCAAAGCUUAUUUGAUUCUCUAAUAUAUAUAAUUGAAUUGUGCUUUUUUUACUCAGAAGGUUUCAUAAUGCAUAAUCAAUCACAUUGUUAACAUUGAUUCUAAAAAUUUCGCCUAAGUGCCAAUUUUUACCGUCAAAAACUCUAUAUACAUAUUCAUUUGGUGGAUUUUUUAACUAUAAACAAUGAAACUGUAUACUCAGUAUUAAAAAAAUUAUCCAAUUAUACUCUCCAAAUAUAGUAACAUAAUUAAUAUCCAUCAAGAUUUGUAACACGAAUUUGUCUAUUCAAAUUUAUAAAAUAUACACGUGCAUAUUAACGCA